AUGUUAUUUUUCACAAUCAAUUCCUUUAAAAAACCCCAUAGGCAGCCCUCUUGGAUCAAUUUGCUUUCUCAAACUGAUAAUUUACCUAAUUUGCCUAUUAUUUCUACCAAUUUCAGAUAUUUUUCAUCGUCCAAUGAUGAAUCCAGGACUAGAUGCGAAGAUGAGUGCGAAGAAGUUUAUUUCUCAUUCUUCACAUACGGAAAGUGUGUAGGCGACAUAUUUGGCAGACUUCCAAAGGAUCAACAACCAGCCUGCAACCUUAGAUGUGGAGUUCGACCACGACUCUGGACGUCGAUCGGAUUAUUCUGUGUGUUUGCCGCAUCGCUAGCCACUCUACUCUUCACAAUCCCAAUGUGUAUCGCUACCUGUGCUAGUUGUCUGCAUGCUAAGAAGGCAAACAAGAACGCUAAGCGAGUGAUAAUGGAGCAACAGCAAGGACCAAACAAGGACCAACAAAUAGCCACAAUGGGAUACAACCCUUAUGCUUAUUGGCCAUAUUAUGGACGAGCAUAA